GACCUGUUCGAUCUUGACAAAAUCCUGCAGCUGCACGAGGAAGAGAAGGCGCCGCCGCCGCCCCCUGUGGUUCCCGAGUCAGAGAACAAUUCGGCGGCAAUUUCGGAUUCGCAGGAAACACUUCAGCUUGGUGAGUCAGAGAAAGAACAGCCACCAACGGUGUCAAAGCCAGAGCACAUUGCUGUGGGCGACGCAGAUGUGGAAGAGUCUCCGGACACACCUGCGGUCAGAUUGCAACAGGAAUUCCCCCUUUUGCUGAUCCCGUCGAUCAUCUCCGACUCCUUCGCAAACGUGUCAGAUGAUGCCCUGAAGAACCUCUCUGCGUAUGCCUCGUCCCGUCCUUUCCUUAGCAUCAGCCAGUAUGUCACACUGUCGGAUGCGCCAGACAAUACCAGGUGGUCAGAGACUUUGCAUGCGAAGCUGGAUGGCCGAAGUCUGCCGUCUGACCAUCGCACUCUUUACGUGUAUGACGCAUGCUCCAGGUAUGACCGGCCUGCGCUGAGUGGCAAGACUUGGAGGAUCCUUCCCCAGUUAGACGAGUCCCACUUCACGAACUGCAUUGAAGCCCUGUUUGAAAAGAAGUCAGAUCAGAAUGACGUGGACGAGUGCUUCUUCAACGCCAACGACAUGCUGCUCUUGAAGGAUGGGCGCCGAACUGUGACAUCAUCAAAGAUGGUGAAGAACGUCAGAGGCGUCCUGAAAGGUCGACCGUCCUUUCCCAAGAAGAUUCUGAACAACCCAAUUCGCUGCGUGUACACCAACCAGGAGUUCACGAAGGACGGGUAUGUCAGAAAGCACUCGCAGAAGGUCUGCAAAGGACGAAUCAGUUUGCCUGAUCCGUUAGAGAACCUCUUCCUGCUGACGAAGGUCAGUGCUUCGACAGAGUUGCGCGAGAGAAAGUUCUUGGACCUUCCCGGCACCAAUUACACUCGCUCCUUGCAAGGGCUCGGGUUGCGCAGCGCCCAAGAGGCGGCUGUGCAGGUGAAGCGUGUCGCAAUGGCUGCAAUGAUGAAGGCACUGGGCAAACCUUUGGCAGAGUCAGAUCAGGGUGGCACUGGCGCAGACAUCUCUGUUGGGUCAGAGAAGCCGGCCCAGGACGAAGAGCAACAGGACCCUUCGGCAGAGAUCGAGGCUGAUGGCGUGGAGUGGUUCGGCUGGGCAGCGUCAGAGUGCUUCUGGCAGGAAAUUCUCCACCUUUACUGUGGUCCAGGGGGAGUCGUCAGAAAUCGCACAGCGGUGGUCGAUUUCACACCGGGAUGUGGGCUUCUUGCCCUGGCGUGCGCAAGGGAGCGCAUACCAUAUGUGGCCUUCUGCCUCCCCAAGCAGUCAGAGGUGCUUCGUCAGAUGUUGAUGUUGCACAUCAUGCUCGAGCUCGUCAGAGGAACCAACAACGGUUUCUCCCGCAGAGUCCUGAGUCGUGCUCGCUCCUUGAAUGGAAGCCACUCUGAGAACGGUGCCCUGGCUGCGGAGGACAUCGUCAGAGAUGGAGAAGGUGGAAAC